UAGCACCAUUUUGUUUUGAAUGGGAGGAAAGGCAGCUGGACAACGCAACAGUCUAGAUUUUCAGUCAACAACCAACUUCGCCUCUCUGUUAUUAUUACUACUCCUCAUAAAAUAACGCCAACGAAGGAACAACAUUCGUUUGUUUUGUUUGCUGGCAACGCAUUGUUUUUUCGAUAUCGUUCAGAUAGCUAGUGAUAAGUGGCUCAACGUUAGCCAAAUACUUUGACACUCCUAUCCCAAACAGGUCACGUCUCAACGGUUUCCUUUAGAACAUUCUGACACGAAUCUCCCAGCAAGAUCGAAGCUAAAAUGAGUGCUCCGUCAACUCAAAAAGUCGUGCUGAAAAGCACCACCAAGGUGUCCCUGAACGAGCGGUGAGGCGCUACGCACCCCGACAGCUUUUAACUGACGGCCAGAAGGGAGAGAGCGAACACACCUAGAGAUACAUAGAAAGCCGCGGCAAGAUGGCCUACUUUGGAAGUCACAGAAGGGCCAUACCAGACCUGUCAUGGACGCUAGAGUGUGUGCCUCUUGAGCACUGCUUAAACAAGACGACCCGUGGCCACGGGUGGUCUAGUCAUGUAGAAAAAUGCUUAUUGGUAAAGGAUGAUUGGUAAAGCUGUAUGGCUUUGGUAUGGCUAUAGAUCAGCUUGGCACCUCUCGCGGAGGCAGUGCACACCUAAGUGUGAUGAGAGAGGGUGAUGGGGAUAUGGUGACAUGAGCUUCACAACCAUGCUGAAGACCAAGCAGCCCACUGCGGUGAGCAUCCGCGCCAGCCUGCAGCAACAGCACAUGGCAAGCGCCCGCAACCGACGCCUGGCGCAGCAGAUGGAGAACCGGCCAUCCGUGCAGGCCGCCCUCCACCACAAGCAGGUGGGUCGCCCACAGAGCCUAAAGCAGCGUCUGGGGAAGAGCAACAUCCAGGCGCGGUUGGGCCGGCCGGUGGGGGCCCUGAUGAUGCGCGGAGCGGUGGGGGGUCGGGGCUUCCCCAUGGGGGGCAUGAGAGGAGCAAUGCGCGGAGGAAUGAGGGGCCGCGGGGGCCGAGGGGCCGGCAUGAGGGGAGCCCUCGCCUUCAGAGGCAUGGGCAUGGGCAUAGGGCAGAUGCGAGGCCGGGGUGGCCCAGGGCGACUCGGCCUGAGGAGGGGCAUGCGCCAGCGAGGGGGAGGACCUGGCAGAGGUGGGCCUCUCAUGGGCCGCGGAGCAGGAAGAGGAAUGGCUGGACCCCGAGGUCGAGGACGCGGAGGCAUGAUGCGCGGUCGCGGGGGAUUCGCCGGCAGGGGCCGCGGACGGGGGAGAGGCCGAGCCCCCGGACGUUCGCAGGUGACACGGGAGCAGCUGGACAACCAGCUGGACGCCUACAUGUCCAAGACCAAAGGCCACCUGGACGCGGAGCUGGACGCUUACAUGGCCCAGGCGGAGGCUGAGGGCAUGGAGUGACCCGACCCGACCCGACCCGUCACUCUUCCCAAAGCAAGGCUCGUCUACAGCGAGAGCAGAGCUAAACGGAGCUGCAGAAAUAAUUACAGACUUGACAUGAAGAUGAUUUUUGUAUUAUAUCUGAAACUGACACACACACAUGUACAGACACACACGUACAGACAGACACACACACACGUACAGACACACAUACGUACAAACACACACACACACAUACAGACACACACGUACAGACACACUGAGGUGUCUGACCAUGCUGAUGUGGCUCAGCUCGGCAUGUCUGGGACGGACAGCACACAGGCAUGCAAAGUAAUCAGAAUCAGACGAUUCGUCAAAACGCAUUGGAUUCCACUGUUUCCACUGGCUAUGCUGUUAGGCACAGGUUACACUAAAUGAAAGAAGAAGAAAAAAAGCUAUUUGUAUGUACAAAUUUCUUUUGAAUGUUUUCCUGGACCUUAGAAAGGACUGAAUUGGUUACUGUGUAUCUGUUGACCUUUAUGACCUGUAUGACCUAUGACCUGUAACUAAGAGGGGCAGUGUGCUUCCCUCGUCCUGCGCCACUCAAAGCAGAUUUCCUUUUUCUUUAUUUUCUUUUUGGUUUGUUGGUAAUAAACUACUGAGUAUUUGGUUUCAGGACUCCAGGAGCUUCACAGUUAGAUACAAUUGUUAUGUUUAAAUAUAUUAUGACUCUACAGAAUGCUGUAGAUUUCUAUCAUUUCAUCGUUUAUUUUGGCUUGCUAAAUCUUUCAGAAUCACUGAGCAUUAACAAAACCCUUAAACAGAAGGAAGAAAACAUUACCUGGUAUAUAGAGGUUUGUGUUAGCAUUUUCUUUAACCUAACUGGCCUAGCAGGAUGCUUUUUGGUAUAGUUUACAAGACUAAUGAUUUGAAGAUAAAAUGUUUAGGUGUAUGAUGCAGUUUAAAAUCCCUGAUUAGCACGGUGGUUUGGCUACAUGUAUAGUUCUGCUGUGGCUGAGGGGACUGUUACAGAGGAUCACUCUGUGAUAUCACGCUGGUUGCUUUGGAUGUCAAGACCUGCCAUCCCAGACCUCCCAUUUUUCCUGCCAGGCCCCUCCUGUUUGUUCAUGUUUACACAACUUUUUAUUUGUUAUGAUUUUACAUGUGGUGUCUUACAUGUGGAGCACCGAUCAAAUGAAGUAAAAACAAAGUUGAACAAUAGUAUCAGAAGAAGACCGUUUUUGGAUGUUAUUUUUAUUUUACUGACCAAUGAAGGCUACAACCACUCAUAAAUGUGUUUGAUGGGCGACCCACGCAAAUGCCUGUAUGCCUUCAGAUGACACUGCCAAGUCCGCUCAAGGCGCCGGAGCAGCUUCGUCCUGGCACCUCGGAAUCGCUGUGGGAUCUUUUAUUGUUAAAAAUCAAAUAUUAAAGAGUUUGGUUCGGCACACUAAAA